AUGCGGACAUCACUCAUUCUGUUAGCGACAAUCGUCAACUUGCUCGCCUUUGCCUCAGCUCAGGCCCCAACUGUCUUAUGUUGUAUGGCUUACACGACUGUCGAUAAAACAACCUUGUAUAUCCAAGGAGGAACUGCACAACGAGGUUCCAACUACAACAACCAAUUCUACUCGCUCGACCUCACGAUCUCCGGCUGGAACGCCUCUAGUCCACCUUGGAAGGUCCUCCCCGUUGGUGCAGGGAACUACUCUGCUCCCUUUACUUACUAUCACGCCAUGACCGCCACCAAGGACAGCAAGAAGCUGAUCGUAUGGAGCACAUUCACAGGACUCUCUACUUAUGACUAUGUAACGUCAGUCUGGACUAAUAACACCCUGGGCCAUCUCAACCCAGAUGUAUUUGGUGGACAGAUGUCAUUAGCCCUCGAUCCUACAACUGGACUCAUCUAUGUGCCUGGGAGAGUCAACAUGGGAGCAGGGAUGCUGGUCUAUGACCCUGUUACGGCAAACACGGAUGUCGUCCCAAUGUACCCCGUCACGAUGCUUUCGUUCCUGAACAUGGGAAACAGUUUCGUGUGGAGCGAACUCCGAAAGUCGUUCCUUUACUUUGGCGGAUUCAACCAAGUCGAGGAUAGCACCGUGUUUAACCAGUACAUGUUCGAGUAUCAACCAUCCACCUACAAUUGGACGCUGAUACCAACUGAAGGCGUUCAAGGACAACUUGCCUCGCAUUGCAUGGUUCCGGCCUACGAUGGAACAAAGAUGGUGGUGUUUGGGGGAUGGAAACCUGUCAUUGGCGGUUCUGAUCCAGUCUUAAUUUACUCGAGAGUCGACACAAAGGAUCAAUAUGUGUCCACCCUAAUCUACAACCUAAAGUCGAACCAGUGGGUAGAUCAGUAUGUCUUCACAGCAGUCGACUCGAACAACAAGCUGGGAAUCUUUAUCGGAGUUGGAGUUGCCGCUGCCGUCUGCAUUGGUGCCGAGCUGGAGUGCUUCCUCUCGAGACCCGCAAGACGUAAAGGCGGCGAUGCAGUGGUCGCCAGACGAGCAAUUGCCUAG